AUGGCUGAAAUCAAGAGAGCACAAGUGGGAGAGCCGAGUAGGACAGGGCUGGAAAGAGGGCUAGCCUUGGUCCUCAGUGAAAACUCAAAGAUGACAUCCAGUCUCAAUUCCACUGGGGCCCCAGGUUCAGGCUCUGGUACCAUCUCUGGGCCCAACCCAGACACAGACCUUGUUCCUACCUUGAAUCUACCCUUGAGUCCUAACUUGACUCUUGUUCCAGAUCUUAAUACAACUCAACCUGUCUCAGAGGAGGCCCCCAACCUGGUGUCUCAUGACAUCCCCAGACCCAAUGACAACAGGGCUCCAGCCUCUCUCCUGAUCACCACUUCCAACUCUGGUGAAGCCCUGGGCCUGAAUGUGAAUCACAGCUCAAGGCCUGAUUCACAGGGGGCUGUAUGUCCAGCCUCAAACCUUAUUUUGAGCCCUGGCUCUAUUGAGGCUCAGGGUCUGAGCUCAGGAAACCCCUCAGGGCUGAGUUCUGAGGCAGCCUUCAAUUCCCUCUCAAGUGAGAGUUUUGAUUUAGGUCAGCAUAACUCCAAUCCUUCCAGGCCUGAAUCAGACCCACUGAUAAGGCCCUUUUCAAGAGAAGCCCUGGGUCUGGGCCACUGCAUCUCCAGGCCAGGCUCAAGAGCACUCCUUAUUCCAGUGUCAAACCCUUCUCUGGAUCCUGACUCCAAUCAGCCGCUUGGUGUGGGCUCAAGAAACAUCUCCAAGCUGGAUUUCAAUGCAGCUCCAGGUCAUUGUGGGACGGUAAUCCCAGACUCCAAGAAGACCAAGACUUUGGUUUCACGUGACAUUUCUGGGUCUGUUUCAAAAGGACACUUUGGUGCAGCCUGGAACACAAGUUCCAAGGGAACCAUCAAUGCGGCUUCAGAUGGCAGUCCCAGGUCUGAUUUGAAUGUGACCAUCACUCAGGCCUCAUGCUUGACCCUGAUUCCUGGGUUCAGUGACAGUAUCAGCUUUCACUCCAGCACCUAGAAACCUGACUCUACCCUUUCUCCACCCUUGUGUAUGCCGCUGAUCCUGGGUUCCAACGAAACUCUGAGCCUAAGCUCUAGCUUCAUCUUCAGCAACACCUCCACCCUGACAAUGAGCAGCCAGCAGGAUGAUUCUGAGGACAGUAGCAUCCACACUGUGCCCCUGGAGGAGAAUCUGUGGACCUGGAUCAAGAUGGCUAGUGCCAAGAUGAGCCAGUUCCCACUGGGGCUUCCCAUCUGCAACACCAUAGACGAGAACACCAUGGAAAAGGAUACUGUGGCCAAGCAUACCAUGGCCUCCUAAAGCCCUGAGGGAGCCUUUGAUGAAGGAGCUUCAUCCUGUGAGGUGCCAGGGAAGAGAAAGGAUGGCACCAAAAUGGCUCUGGUCCAGAAUGUCAUCACCCUCCAGAAGAGCCCGGCUACAUCAGCCCUAGAAGGGGAAAAGAAGACCAUUACGGAGAAGAUGAUGAGGCAGAUCCAGGGGGAGCCGCUGGAUUCUCUUGAGCUCCGCCCACCGGCAGGCCAGGAGACCCUGACCCAGCUGAGUCACACCCAGCCUGUCCUGAGUGUGCAGGAAAGGUCAGAGCAGGUGAACACAUGUGUGAAGAGUGUGUUCUCCCUGCCUUCUGUGCAGGCCAUGCAGGAGAAGGAGGCCAAGGCUGAGGCCAUACAGGCUCUGGGGCCCGGGAUGAACUCUGGGAAGACCCAUGAGCCAGCAGCAGUGAAGAGCAAUGUCUCUGUGCUGAGCCACAUGCUUCUGACCCUGCCUUUCUUUAUGUCCUCGAGGUUCCCGGCACUGGGGCGUCUGCUGGGGAGGCUCAUCCUGCACAUCGGGGAUCCCGAUGAGGAGAUUGGUGGAGAAGCUCUGAACGGCAUCACCAUCCUUUACACCCUCCUGGAGCUCCAAAAAUGCCCAGAUUUCCCCAGCUGUAAAAAUGGGACCAAUAAGGAGCUGUACAAGAGCAACAAGCAUAACCUAGGGCCCUAUCACCCUGUCAGCCGGUGCCAGGACAUUCUGCGUGUGGUUGCGGAAUUUGGAGACUUUCUAGGGCCCCAGCAGGUAAAGGAUCUGCUUCUAGCAGCGCUGGAAGGGCUGCAAGGUGACUCAAGGCUCAGGAAGGACUUUGGGGAGAUGAGGCAGCUGGCCUCAGAGGUCACUCUCAGCUCCGUGCUGGAGUGGUACAGCCACAGAGCACUGGAGGUGAUCCCAGAAAUCAUUCAGGGCAUCUAUGUGCAGCUGACCAUCCAGGAGCCACGGGCCCGUGUGGUGGCCCUGCUGCCCAUCUCCCUCCUGGUCAGCUCCUCCUUGACCAAGGUUGUUGUGGCCCUGCUCGUGUGCCCCCUCCCGCUGGACAGCCAUGGAGCAGAGAUGGGGAGGCAGCUGAUCCUGCGCAAGCCCAGCUGUGAUAUCCAAGACCUCCUGGAUCUGCUCCUGGACAGCCUGAAGGAGAAGCCUGUUACCAAGAAGGGCAGGGCCUCCACCGUGCCCCUAGCGGCAGCGAGCGGUCUAUGUGAGCUUCUGUCCAUCAGCAGUUGCAUGGGCCAUGUGAGGCGCAUCUCCCCCCAGCUGCUGCAGGCGCUGCUCAUUCAGGUCCAUUACCACAUCGGCCUCAACCUGCCUGGCCACGUGGCUGCCUGCAAGGAUGUCAAGGACACCCAGCCCUCUAUCUCUGGCCCUGUGUGCUGGGUGGUCAAAGUGGUGAAAACCCUGCUGCUGCUGAUGGACUGUUCAUAUGAGGCCGCCUUUGUGGAGGACAAGGGCAGCUGGAACCACCACCCUGGAGUGUCCCUGGUGGCAAGGGCCAUGGUGCACUACAACUGCCCAGAGCUGUGCCGCAUCCUCUACCUGAUCAUCCCACUCCUGGACUGAGGCGACGAGAAGCACAAGAUUACUGCCACGGCCUUCUUUGUAGAGUCACGAGAGGAUGUGCGCUCCUUCUGCAUUGACCUAUAUAGCAAGGUAGUCCAGAAGCUGCGGUUGGCCCGCACCCCGGCCAUGGAGGAGCAGCUGAUCAGAACCUUGGUGCCCCUGCUGCUGAUCCUCCAGUAUUCUCUUCCUGUCGGUCCCCAGAAAUGUGUGAAGACCCUGUUCCACUGUUCUUGCUUCAUGGCUUGGGAAUUGCCCGAAAGAGCUUAUAGCCAGAAGCCCUGGGACAACCAGAAGCAGGCAGUGGCCAAAAUUUGCAAGUACCUUGUGAACACUUACCAAGACAGUGCCUUCACAUUACUCAGCCAGAGUCUGCAGUACGCCAAGAACACCUGGGCCUCCCUUUGGAAGUCCUCAGUCAUGUUCAUAGGGUCCCUGGUCCCCUGCAUGGAGAACAUAGUGACGGAAGAUCAUCUGAAUGAAGUUAAAGCAGCUCUGGAAAACUUAAGACAUGACCCAGAGGCAGCAGUGUAUAUCUACGCAGCCCAGGCCCAGGAUCACAUCCUGGCCAGCUGCUGGCGGAACUCCUGGCUGCCACAUGGGGACUCAUAGGUGUGUGACCCAGCCACCACACACCGCUGGAGCCCUAGCUCUGAGAACCUGCCCACCUCCCACCAUCGACGCUCCUGGAUCAUGCAAGCACUGGGCUCCUGGAAGAUGUCCUUGAAGCAGUGA